AUGGGGGCAGUUUUGACAUCUCCGGAUAAUUAUCACAUACCUUUCACAGCAAGAUUAUGUUUUGACUGCACUAAUAACAUCGCUGAAUACGAGGCAUGUAUCCUGGGUAUAGAGGCGGCAAUUGAUAUAAGAAUCAAGAUUCUUGAGGUUUAUGGUGACUCAACACUAGUAAUUCAUCAGUUUAAUAAAGAGUGGGAUACACGAGAUUCUAAGCUAAUCCCAUAUAGGGAUCACAUACUGAAGUUAGCAACUGAAUUUGAAAGAAUCACUUUCAAUCACAUUCCUAGAGAGGAGAAUCAAAUGGCAGAUGCAUUAGCCACUCUUUCCUCUAUGUUUAAAGUAACCUGGCCGAAUCAUAAACCACAAAUAACAGUUAGGCACUUUGAAGAGCUUGUCUAUUGUCUUGCUGUCGAAGAACGGCCUGAUGACAAACCGUGGUUUCAUGAUAUCAAAAGGUACUUGGAAAGGCAAGAAUGUCCAGAGAAUGCAUCCACGAUUGACAAAAAGAUAUUGAGAAGGUUGGUAGCAAAAUUCUUCCUGAGUGGAGAUAUACUAUACAAACGAAACUAUGACUCAUUGCUACUAAGGUGUAUGGAUGAAAAAUAA